AUGUCGGUUCCCUCAUAUGGCAUCGCCUCCAUCCCAGGAGAUGGUGUCGGUCCCGAAGUCGUGAAAGCUGCCAUUGAGGUGGUCACGAAGCUGGCCGCCGUAUUGCGCACUUUUGAAAUCGAAUUCACGUGGGGUUCCGACUACUGGGAAAAGACGGGCUCCUACGUUCCUGACGACUACUUGGAAGUCUAUCGACAGUUCGAUGCAUGUCUCUUUGGUUCCGUCGGCGCACCAGAUGUCCCCGAUCAUAUCUCCCUCUGGGGUCUCCUCCUCGCCAUCCGCAGUCCACUCCAGCUCUUCGCCAACCCCCUCGCAGCCCCGCCCGAAAACGGAAUUGACUGGGUGCUCAUCCGCGAGAACUCUGAAGGUGAAUACUCCGGACACGGCGGACGCUCACACAUCGGUCAGCCCUGGGAGACUGCGACUGAAGUGGCCAUCUUCACACGGAUAGGCGUGGAGCGGAUCUUCAGGUUCGCUUUUGAGACGGCGCGCUCGCGGCCAAGAAAACAUUUAACUGUCGUGAGCAAAAGCAAUUCCCUUCGGCACGGGCUGGUGCUCUGGGAUGAAGUUGCCGCAGAAGUGGCCCGCGAUUUCCCGGAUGUGACCUGGGAUAAGGCACUGGUAGAUGCAAUGACUGUUCGGAUGGUGAAUAAACCAGAGACGCUAGACACUGUUGUGGGGACAAAUCUGCACAUGGAUAUUCUGUCUGAUCUGGCCGCGGCUCUGGCGGGAUCGAUUGGCAUUGCAGCCUCGAGUAACCUCGAUCCGACGCGGAAGAACCCGUCCAUGUUUGAGCCAGUCCAUGGGAGUGCAUUUGAUAUCACUGGCAUGGGGGUUGCGAACCCCAUUGGCGCGAUCUGGUCUGCAGCGGAGAUGUUGACAUGGUUGGGCCAAGGAGCAGAGGCGGAUCGACUCAUGGAUUGUGUCAAGUCUGUUUGUCAGGCGGGGGUUGUGACUGCGGAUCUGGGAGGUUCGGCUACGACGAGGGUCAUAGUCGAUGCCAUCUGUGAGGAGAUAUCUCGCCAAGGGCCCCUGUGA